AUGAGCACUCUGUCGUGCCUGCUCAUAGCCGUGCUCUCGAUCUUCCCUACAUCUCUGCUUGCCAUCUCUCUUGAUGUUGACGAUACAGGCUCCAUCCUCCGUGCCGCCAGAGAAGCCGCACAUAGUGUGAUAUCUCUAUACAACGGAAACACCACCAGCGGUACCCUCGGCAAAUGGCCAUACCCUCCCUACUUCUGGUGGGAGAGUGGUGCCAGCUGGAACGGAAUGAUCGAGUACUACCACUACACGAAAGAUCCACAAUACCUUAAUAUCACAUAUCAAGGGUUGUUAUCACAAGUCGGCCCUGAAUACGAUUUCAACAUGCCAAGUGAAGCUUUCGAUGAAGGCAAUGAUGAUCAAGGAUUCUGGGUCUUUGCUGCCAUGUCUGCUGCUGAAUAUUCGUUCCCACAGCCUCCUGCACCAUUCCCACCAUGGGUACAAAUCGCACAGAACGCCUGGGAGAGCUGUGCUGUUAGGUGGAACACUUCUGGCUGCCAUGGAGGGUUGAAGUGGCAAUUCCAUGCAGAAAACGCAGGUUGGUACUAUAAGAGCACUAUCUCCAAUGGAUGCUUCUUCCAGCUUUCAGCACGACUGGCUCGGUACACUGGGAAUGCCACGUACUUACUUUGGGCCAACACGAUCUGGGACUGGACGCGUGGAGUGGGUCUGAUUGAUGACAUGUACAAUGUGUACGACGGAACAGAUGAACUUCUGAAUUGUACGGCUGUCGAUCACCACCAGUGGUCCUACAAUGUUGGCGCGUUCCUUUAUGGAGCAGCCGUGCUUCAGAACUACACCAACAGCUCUCACAUCUGGAUGGACCGUACACUUGGUCUGCUUGAUAGCGUAAACAGCUUUGUCACACCUUUCAAGAACUCGACGAACAUGAUUUUCGAGGCUGCCUGUGAACUGAAGCAGACCUGCAACAUAGACCAAUUGUCCAUGAAGGCGUUCUUGGUUCGUUGGCUUGCGGGCACUUCGCUCAUGGCACCGUUCACUGCAGGUAGAGUUGGCGAGAUCCUUCGUACUUCAGCAAAGGGAGCAGCAGCCUCGUGUACAGGAGCUCCAUCUGGAAACACCUGUGGUUCAAAGUGGUACAUAGGGGGCUGGGAUGGCACGGCAGGACUAGGUCAGCAGCUGUCUGCGAUGGAAGUCAUGUAUGCACUUCUGGUCAACGAAACUGACCCACCAGCGAACGCACUCAGUAUCAGCAUCCAGCCAGCCCCAUCAAUCAGUGUGUCGGCCACUGCCUCAACCCAACCCAGCGAUACCUCAAGACCUUUGCAUGAUGGGACAGGGCCGGGGCUACGGGAACGAGCCCAUCGCAGGGUCCCAAUGAUUGUCAGCACGCUUCUCAUUCUACUCGGAGUGUCUUAA